UGGUAGUGAAAAAGAAAGACGUGAUUCUACUACUCUUUACGUUGGUAAUCUCCCUUAUGCAUUUCGUGAACAAGAUGUUGCUGAUAUGUUCGAACGCUAUGGUCGCCUGAGAAAAGUUAAAGAAAUUUAUGUAAACAUUAAGAUUGAUUGGAAAUGUUAUUGGAUGUUCAGUUUUGCUUUCGUAGAAUUUGAAGACCGAAGAGACGCUGAAGAUGCAUUUGAUAAAUAUAACGGAACUAACGUUGAAGGUCGUCGGCUUAAAUUAGAUUGGGACAUUGGCUUGAGCAAAAAGGAUGCUCACCGUAGGGAUAAAUAUGCCGUUAUGGAUAAUUACGG